GUGGUCUUACACUGACAACUGUAUUUACAGGCUAAUUUGAUAGCAAUUAUGUGAUGAAUUACAUUGGUUUGGUUUUGAAUGGAAUCCGAGAAAAGUGGUGAUAAGCAAAUUGAAACUUAACACCCAAAUGUAUCUAAUUUGUCUCUUAGGUGAGCAUUAGUUGGAUUUUGAUAUGACCUACUUAGAUAACGACCCGCACAUUGACACUGAGAGGCAUAGAGAGUGAGCGAGUGCGCCGAGUGUUUGUCGAGUCUGGCCGAAGGACCCGGUCCUCUCCCCACUCCAGCUCCUCACCUCAGCCAUGGACGAGUCACAGGACCUGGCUGAACUUCCAAAAAAGAAAGCUCGCCAUGAUCCAGACAUUGGACAGGAGGCGCACCAAGCCAUAGUGGCCAACGAGGAUGCGAGCUCCGCAGAGAGGAGUGACGCCGCUGCACUGGGAGCUGAGGCCGUCUCCUACCCUGCCUCCUCUCUGCCUCAUCUGGACACCGUUUCUGGGAGUAGCGAGCAGUCUCAUCAAGACACCGAAACUGGAAACCAAACAUGUGAUACUGACAACACCUAUACCACCAAUGCUGUGACCUGCAAGGACCUUACUUCAACUACCGACACCGAAUAUACCUCACAGAUCUACCAAGGGAACAACCAUGCAGUCACGGCGUACGCUAACCAAGGGGCCUUCUCCCUCUCACAGUCCUCUGUGUACAGUACCUUCCACCAACCUGCACAGACUACCUACGGCCUGCCACCCUUCGGUGCCAUGUGGCCUGGCAUUAAAACAGAGACAGAGCUGCCUGAGGUGGCCUCUGUAGGGGGGCAGCCAGGCUUUCUCAGCUUCAGCACUGCAUACACCUCCACGCCGCCCAGCCAAGCGCACUACUCCUACCCCAGCCAAGGCUCCUGUUUCACCACCUCCAGCGUGUACACCAACAUCCCCACCGCUAACGUCACCGCCACCACCACAGCAGCAGCACCUGGCAACGCCACCCAGGAGUUCACUACCUAUAACUCGCUGAACCAGAAUCAGUUCUCUCAGUACUACGUCCCUCCGUCCAACUACCUGCCCGCUGGGCUGCCCAGUGCUGACGGGGACUCGUCGGGCGUGGUGGCAGCUGCCUAUCCGGGUGCCAAGGGGGAAGACGCCGUGCCCGCAGUCCUGCCCAGUACCACUGAUCCCUCCCCUGCUGUGGCGCUCCCCACUGGUGCUCGUGAGCAGGAUGAUGCGUCCCGAAGGAAUGCCCCUCCUGGCAAAUCCAAAGGGAAGGCCAAGAAGGCCGACAACGCCCAGUCCACGGACAACGACCUCGAGCGGGUCUUUCUGUGGGAUCUGGACGAGACCAUCAUCAUCUUCCACUCUUUGCUCACCGGCACCUUUGCACAGAAGUUCGGCAAGGAUCCCACCACUGUGCUCAACCUGGGCCUUCAAAUGGAGGAGCUGAUCUUCGAGCUGGCAGACACCCAUCUGUUCUUCAAUGACCUCGAGGAGUGCGACCAGGUUCAUGUGGAGGAUGUGGCUUCUGACGACAAUGGCCAAGACCUCAGCAACUACAGCUUUUCCACUGACGGCUUCACGGGGCCCAGUGGUGGAGGGGGCUCGGGCCCCACGGCGGCCGUGCAGGGCGGCGUGGAGUGGAUGCGCAAGCUGGCCUUCCGCUACCGCCGCCUCAAGGAGAUCUACAACGCCUACAAGGGCAACGCUGGAGGUCUGCUGAGCCCGAUGAAGAGGGAUCUGCUCCUGAGGCUGAGGACAGAGAUUGAGACGGUGACAGACUCCUGGCUCAGCAUCGCCCUCAAGUCCCUGCUCCUCAUCCAGUCCAGGGGUAGGUGCAUGAAUGUGCUGGUCACCACUACACAGCUAGUUCCUGCACUAGCGAAGGUCCUACUCUAUGGCCUUGGGGAGGUCUUUCCCAUUGAAAACAUCUACAGCGCUACGAAAAUAGGGAAGGAGAGCUGUUUCGAGCGCAUCGUGUCCCGUUUUGGGAAGAAGGUUACGUACGUUGUGAUUGGAGACGGCCGCGACGAAGAGUUUGCAGCCAAACAGCACAACAUGCCUUUCUGGCGCGUGUCUGCGCACGGAGACCUGGUGUCCCUACAUCAGGCCCUGGAGCUGGACUUCCUGUAGACCACGCAACGGCACACAUGCGCGCACACACACACACGGACACACACACACACACACACACGUAUGGACCCAUCUGGACGGACAGACCCAUGCACACACACAGCAGCCUAGUAUUGUCAGAUGUUGGGGAGGUGUUCAUAUUGUAUUCGUCUAUAUGCCCUGUCUCUUAGCUCGCUCUCUCUCUCUCUCUCUCUCUCUCACACUCACACACUCACACACUCACACAAACUCACACACACACACACACACACACACACACACACACGUAGAGACAGACACGCGCACAGAACAGGCACCCCUCUACACAUAGACAGCUGCCACUUUGGAUUGGAAUGGAAAGUUUGAAUGCUUGUUUAGAUGCCAUUGGGAACCAAACUGGAGCACUGGGUGACUGGAUGGAAUAGCGUUGGAAGCCGGCCCCCUCCCUCACUCCUUUUUUCUGUAUCAUCCCUCUUUUUGGCAGCUAUCUCUCUUUCUCCCCCCCCUUCCUGCUAGACGACUGCCCCUCUGGGCUCCCCCCCCCCCCAGUAUGAAGGUUGGAGAACAUGGUAGGGCAGGGCAGGGCAGGGCAUUGCAUCAUCUCCUCUCACACUCUCGGCCAGAUCCUGUGUACCCCCCAUAUCCA